AUGGCCCCCUUCAUGCAGAACGGUGAAGCCUACCUCAGCACAAACACAACGCCAACCAAAUCCAAGCCCCACACCCUCGCUUCCCUAAUCGGCGAAAUCAACCGCGAUCUUGUCAGCCAAGCUGGGCGUAUAAUCCCAGAUUUACGGACCAUCCGUGAGCUAACCCAGACACUCACGAAUGGGGGUUUGGUUGAUGAUAGGAAGUACCUAAUCGAGAAUAUACUCCAAGUGACAGCGUCUCUCCCAAAUAACUCCACAUUGCGAACCAAAAUUACAGAUGCGUUUGUUAGUACUCUUUGGAAUAACUUGCAGCACCCACCGUUAGCACAUCUGGGCGAUGAGUUUCGCUAUAGACGGGCGGAUGGGAGCUUCAACAAUAUUACGGCCCCCUAUCUCGGGGCCAGUGGUAGCCACUAUGCGCGUUCGGUGACGCCUCAGCAUCCCCGGCCCGCCGUGUUGCCGGAUCCAGGCCUUGUGUUUGAUACCUUAUUAGCCCGCAAGGGUCCAGCAAGGGAACACCCAGCCAAGAUAUCAAGCAACCUGUUCUACCUCGCCACGGUGAUAAUCCACGAUCUCUUCCACACCGACGAAACAGACGGAACGCGCGUCAAGAACUCCUCAUAUCUCGAUCUCGGUCCCUUAUACGGACACAACCAAACCGAGCAGGACCAAGUGCGAGCUUUCAGUGGCGGUCUCCUCAAACCAGAUACCUUCGCAGAGAAACGACUCCUCUCGCAGCCUCCUGGCGUUUGCGCGUUGAUGAUUGCAUUUAACCGAUUCCAUAACUAUGUCGUCGGGGAGCUGGCGCUCAUCAAUGAAGCUGGGAGGUUCAGUUUACCCUCCCAAUUAGGGUUGAAGGAAGGAACUGCGGAGUUUGCGAGGGCUAUGAAGAAGAGGGAUAACGAUUUGUUUCAAACGGGAAGGCUUGUAACAUGCGCCCUAUACGUCAAUAUAAUCCUUAACGACUACCUCCGGACAAUCUUGAAUCUGAACGAGAAUCCCGUUGACUCGGACUGGAAACUCGACCCAAGGCAGACGCUCUCCGUAUUCGACCAGGAGGGUGUCCCCCGCGGCAUCGGGAACCAGGUCAGUGCCGAGUUUAACAUGAUAUACCGAUGGCAUGCUACAAUCAGUAACGAAGACGAAGAAUGGGCUAAUGAGCUCUCUGCAAGAAUAUUCGGUUCAAAAGUUGAUCCCAGCAAACUGUCUGUGGAAAAAUACCUCGCCGGGUUGAGGCAGUUUUUCGAGACGGCCGUACCGGGAGAGCCGUCGACCUGGACAUUCUCAACCCUGAAAAGGGAUAAAACCGGCAGAUUUGCGGACGAGGAUCUUGCGACCCUGUUGCAGGACGGUUGUGAGUUUGGAGCUGGUGCUUUUGGAGCGAGAAAUACCCCAAAGGUAAUGAAGGCCAUUGAGAUGCUUGGUAUCCAGCAAGGCCGGCAAUGGGGAUUGGCCACCCUGAAUGAACUCAGGACGUUCUUCAAACUAAAGCCACAUAGCACUUUCGAGGAGGUGAAUUCGGACCCUUCCGUUGCUGAGGCAUUGGAAGCUUUGUAUGGCCACCCCGACAACAUCGAGCUAUACGUGGGCGUCCAAGCCGAAGAAGCUAAGAAACCUUUCCUCCCUGGCUCUGGGCUGUGUCCUGGAUUCACGAUCUCAGUGGCGAUCUUAUCCGAUGCCGUUGCCCUCGUGCGUGGUGACCGGUUUUACACCAUCGACUAUAGCCCUGUCAACUUGACCAAUUUUGGGUUCAACGCAGCAGAAUCCGACUUUGACGUCGCAAACGGCGGGGUCAUGUAUAAGCUGCUGAUGAGGGCAUUCCCCGGGUGGUACCAGCCGAACAGUGUUUAUGCUCUAUAUCCGUUCACCACCCCGGAGAAGAACCGCGAGAUCUUCACCAAGUACGGAAGGGCGGAUACUCUGGACUUUGGGAGGCCGUCAUAUGUCCGGCCGCCAGUCCCUGUUACUACAUGGAAGGGCGUAGUUGAUCUUCUGGAUGAUCAGAAAACCUUCAAGGUUCCUUGGGGUGAACACACGUUCCAGCUCACCCAGCAUGAUUACAUGCUGAGUGGAGAUUCGGCGGCGAAUGCAGAUCAACGAGCGUUCGUCUCAGAGCGCCUGUACAGGCCGCCCGAUGGACUGGAGCAGGUGCAGCGGUUCUACGAGUUCAUCACGGCGGAUCUGAUCCGUCGAAAUAGCCGGAAGCUGGGCGGCUCCUACCAGAUUGACAUCGUCCGAGACGUCGGAAACGUCGCGCACGCGUAUUUCUGUGCGGAAUUCUUCAACAUGCCGCUGAAAGGCAGUUCUUAUUCGCCAGCCGAUGCAUACACAGUCAGAGAGCUGUCUGACGCGCUCUUUCAGCUAUUCGGCUAUGUAUUCCUAGACGUCGACCCACCGCAAUCGUACAAGAACAGGAUUGUGGCGACUAGAGAGACGGAGCGGAUGGGUGAAGUCAUGACCAAAGCCGUCUCAGACUCCUCGGGCCGUUUCUUCCGCCAUCCGUCGCGGAUCUUUGGCUCAAAGUCCCUGCUGCCUGGGUUUGGCCCGCAGUUGGUCAAAAGGCUGCGCGAGGGGGGAAAGAGUGUCGAGGAGGCCGUCUGGACAAUCAUCCCUACCGCUGCUGCUGCUUGUGCGACUCAAGCUCAAGGUUGGGCGCAAAUGCUCGAGCUCUACUUCUCGGACAGAUACUCCAGUCACUGGCCGACCAUUUGCAACCUCGCACGCUCGGACGACCCCGAGGCUUUCGAGAAACUCAAGAAAUACGCUCUUGAGGGAUUCCGCCUCUCAACCCCUGCCUUCGGAGUCCUGCGCACAGCGGCGGACAAUACCUCCAUUAAGGACGGGAGAACCACAAAGAAAAUAAGGAAAGGAGAUACGAUCUUCGCAGACUUUAUCACAGCCGGCCUUGACCCCUCCAAAUUCCCCGAUCCGGAGGAAAUUCGGCUCGAUCGGCCCAUGGAGCUCUAUAUCCAUCAUGGCUGGGGCCCCCACUCAUGUCUCGGGCGGGCAAUCGUCACCAUUGCUGGAGCUUGUCUGCUACGUGUUCUGGGCAGGCUGCGUAACGUCCGACGAGCUCCUGGCCCUUCGGGAGAGAUGAAGAGUAAGAUGGUAAAUGGGGCCUUCAAGAUGUAUCUGCCGGAGGAUGGAAGCGAGUGGACGCCAUUCCCUUGUAAUAAAAAAGUGAUUUUCGAUGGGUUGGAUCUGUUGGGAGAGUAAAAAGUUGACGCAAACUCAACGGUCAUGCCACCAUACGUGACAUUGGGUUGGAAAAGAUCUAGAACAGAGUCAAUGACACAAUAGUGGCUGGUUCGACUCCGAAU